AAUUACGAUGAAAAAGGCCUUUCCUAUAUUUACGGACUGAAGGAGCAAUCAAACCGUUGGGAAAGCAACCAUUUUGCAACUGUUUGGCCAGAUUGGAGGAAAGGGAUUAGUGGCAUCCCCAUUAACGAUAUCGAUGAUUAUUACAAAAAAACAACCGGUGUUGUCACAAAUCAAUUGAUUGCCUGGUUGAAUAAUACGACCACCAUAGACCAGGAAAUCAAAGUGUGGGAACGUUGGAUCAACAUUUGGAGCCAGUUUACAUUGGAAAGCUUUCUGGAGAGCAGUAAAGAAGUUAUCUGUGCAAAAUUAACAAAGGAGGAUCAAGAUUCCUUGGAUGUUACGAUGCUUGGCAAACUUUUGCCCUGGUCCAACGAUGCGGUUCGUGGAUACUCUGUAUUUACGUAUACACAACAGCUGGACCAGUCAUUGGUUGAGUAUCUUCGCGAUCAACUGGGAAACUGGUGGUCAGCUGAUAUGCACACCCUAGUGGGCGGCAUGCACAGUUUGCCAGAAGCUUUCUUCAAGUGCAAAGAACACCCGUUGGUUACUGACGAUAUCCAAAAGCAGAAACAAGUUUACAAAAUUUGUUAUUAUUCAUCACCCUCUCAGCCAAACAACGAUUAUGUCAUUGUUUCCUGCUAUGCAAAUCCUUGCAAAUGUUUCCUGCUAUGCAAAGAACAGGAAUCUCACUACACAGCACGGGCUGUUAUCCUCACCACUCAAGUCAACAUAUUGCGGCAAAUUACUUUUGAUCCAAUUCUGCCAACCCAGGAACUUUUUCGUUAUAACUUAUACAGAUAUUUGUGGGAACCAAUGGGUAAUGUGCAUUUUGCUGGCGAUAACAUAUCAUUUACGGCUGGCUGGAUUCAAGGGGCUGUGGAAAGUGGCUUUAAAUCCGCUUAUCAAGUUUACGCACGUCACAUGAAGAGAGUUAAACUUGGAGGGAGAUGUUAACUACACGGAUUUACUAAAAAUAAACGG